AGGAACUGAAGAAGCUGGGCCUGGGAAAGGACAUAGACCUGCAUGUGUAUGAGGUGCCUGUCGACUACCAGGCGGUCCAGAGUUUGGUUCCAUCACUAUGGAAGCAGUAUCCCCAGGUAAGAAAGCAAUGAAUGGGCUCUCCUAUCUCAUCUCCUGCUGGCCAUUUAUGCACCUUGAUAUGCACCAUAUUUAAAUGUGUUUGUUUUGUGUCCUUCUCUGCAUGGGGAAUCAGUUAGUGGUUCAUGUUGGAGUCUCGGGUAUGGCCACCACCGUUACCUUAGAGAAAUGUGGCCGUAACCAUGGCUACAAGGGUCUGGACAACAGCCACUUCUGUCCCCAUUCUCAGUGUUGCAUUGAGGGGGGUCCUGACUGCAUUGACUCUGUUAUUGACAUGGAAUCGGUCUGCAAAAGAGUGACCGCCUCUGGCCUAGGAGUAGCAGUGUCUGUCUCAAAAGAUGCUGGCAGGUAAGCAUCCUCCUCCUGUGUGCAUUUGUGUUUGCAACAUUGAUUUUACUAGCAAUGUGCAUGCAUACACCUGUAGUUCAAAGAAAGUUGUAGGCCUAUUUUCCCCCCAAAUCUUACUGUAGAACCACCACUUACAGCCAUUAUAUUCAUUUCUGUGUCUUUCCUGACAGAUACCUCUGUGACUUCACCUACUACACCUCUCUGUACCUGAGCCAUGGGCGCUCAGCAUUCGUCCACGUGCCUCCCAUAGGAAAGCCUUAUAGUGGAGUGGACUUGGGUAGGGCCCUCCAAGCCAUCAUACAAGAGAUGUUGGACAUGCUGGACCAAACCAAAGAGAAGAUCCACUGCCAGCAUGUGCACUGAUUUACCUGUGAAAGCCAACUGCCUUUAACCCCUUACACACAAGAUAUUAUGCACUUAACCACAUAGCCAAACAACGUUUUUGAUCCUCUUCUGGUGCAAAUUCAAAAAUGGCAACCAUACAGACACUUCCAGUUGACUUAUUUCACAGCUAUUUCUUCACAUUCUUUGUUGCUGUUUCAUCAAGCUGUUGACAUGGCCCAUGGUUAUGGAUAGAGGUGAGGUGAGUAAAGCUGGUUCAGUGUUUCGGUGUUACUUGAGCUUUCUCGACAUUAUGUCUACAUAGAAGAGAUUGUCCUGAGCAAGAGGAAUUUAACUGGAAAAACUGGAAUUGACAGACGUGAGCCACAUGCUUGUGCUAGGAGCACUACUCUUUUUGAAUCUGAUGUUGAAAAGCUUUCAUGGUUUUGAGUCAUUAUCCAUACUUACACUGUUAUCUCAGAAACAGGGUUAGUGUAUGGAAUAGCCCUUUUUCUGCAUCAACUCACUGUACAAGUUCCACAUUAUUUAUUGGUGUCUAUCUUUUUUCCUUUUAGUUAUUUUAAGGGGAAUUUCUGCCUUUGGUUGUUAUUCAUCAUCUUUGAAGUGUUUUUUUUGUCACCAGCUUUUUCAUUAAAGUCUUAGGCG